UGACUGACGCCCAAAGUGAGGGAUCGAGAUAGAGAGAGAGACAGAGAGAGAUGUGGUAUCUGUGUGUAUUCUUCCAUAGAUUACUGGAUUACAGGAAAGCUGAAGUAGAGGCUCUUGCGAAGCUUUUCGGUGCUUUUGAAGGCGAAGAAGAAAGUUUUCAUUCUUUAGAAUGGAAACUUCCUCUACAUCAUCACCCUGAUUGUCCUUACCAUUUCGUCAAUCUUCCUUCUGAACAAAUCGCCUCAAACAUCGCCAAACGAAGUAUUUUGGUGAAGGGAAUCUAUGAACUUUGGGGUGAAGGAAGCAGCUAUGAAGAGUUGGAAGAGGCUAUCAAAAGUUACCCAGAAGACCUGAAAGCACCGUACAUGACUUCAGACAGUACUUUCAGGAUAAUCAUUGACAGCUUUGGCAACUCUCUCACCUUUCAAGAGCAAAAUGAGCGUAUUCUGAAAUUCGCAUUCAUACCCUUUAAGGGCAAAGUCAAUUUAAAGAAACCUGAUCACAAGUUCUGGUUCAUGGAAACAGACAACUAUGGAUCAAAGAACAACGGGCUUCCACCUGUUGCUGAAAAAAGAAUCUUCUUUGGACGGGAAAUUGGAACUGCAGAUCGGAAGCUCUUGCCAACGUAUCAGUUGAAAAGCCGGAAUUACUUAGGUCCCACAGCCAUGGAUGCAGAAAUGGCUUUUCUUAUGGCCAACCAAGCUUUGGCUGCACCGGGAAAACUUGUCUAUGAUCCAUUUGUUGGCACAGGUAGCAUCCUUGUUGCAGCUGCACAUUUCGGAGCAAUAACAAUGGUUGAAUUGUUUAGGGGGGGCGACAUUGACAUCAGAGUAGUGCGUGAUGGGCGUGGUCCUGAUUGUAAUGUUUGGAGCAAUUUCAAGCAGUAUGGUUUGCCCAUGCCAGUUGGUCUGCUGAGGGCUGAUAAUAACCUUCCUCCUUGGCGUCCAGGGCUAAAAGAGAUGUUUGAUGCAAUUAUCUGCGAUCCUCCAUAUGGUGUUCGUGCGGGAGGCCGUAAAUCUGGUGGGAGGAAAUUACUCAAGGGUGUUGUUGCUCCAUAUACUGUUCCAGAUGAUAAGAGAAUAGGUCACAUACCAUCGACGGCCCCUUACAGCUUAGCUGAGUGUGUUCACGAUUUGCUUGACCUUGCUGCCCAGAUGUUAGUCAUGGGUGGGAGGCUUGUAUUUUUCUAUCCAGUACUGAGUGAAGAUGCCUCCUCUGAACCCUCUUUCCCUGAGCACCCAUGUUUCUCCCUGCUUGCUGUUAGUGAACAGAUCCUGAGUUUUCGUUACAGCAGAUUUCUAUUGACAAUGGUAAAGACCGGAUCUUACACCAAAGAGGUUGCAGAGGAAGCUACAAAGAUGCAUCUUGAUUUUAAAGAAAAUCACGUCAAAUGGUUAGAAGAGGGCAACCUUCAUUCUGCUGUUUUCUGCCCUAAUGACUUGCAGACUGACGUGGUUAAGGAGUCCAAGUCAAAUAGUGAUCCAAGCCGGAAGUAUAGAGGAAAGUAUGUGUAGUUGAACUGCUGAUUAUCAUUUAGCUGCUUAACUCAACUUUGUUAGCUUAUAACCACCUAUAAUUUAUAGGACUCCUUGUAGUUCAGAAGCUAUAGUGUUGUAAUUCUCCCAUAGCCCAUUUCUAUGAAGAUUAUUUAUCUGAGAAACAUAUGUUCUGCAUG